GCAGAUUGACAUUCGCAGCGUCGCGGGCAGGACGCGCAUCAUCUGCCAGGCUCAAAUGCUAGGUAUCUAGUCACUCUCCAGCGCCGACUAGAUCAUGCGGCUUCCGCUGGCACCAGAGCGAUUCUCCUCCUACACGCCUCCCCAAUAACCGGCCUCCAACCAUCGACCGAGCGCUGUUUGUGACCGCUUCGACCAUCGACCGCAACCGCCAUUGCGGCCGCCCGACAACCAACGCACGCGCCAAAAUGUCUGGCUUCGAGAAUGGAAAUUGGCAUAAUGCCAAUGGAGGCGGCUUGCCGUACCGUCCUCCGACCGUGGACGAGGCCCUUCCGUACUCUCCCUUUACCUCAGUGGUCCCCUUCUCGCCGGACAUCAUCCCCUUUCCCUCCACGGAGCCCCCUACACCACCGACCACCCUUUCACCAGACCAGCAGAGCGCCGCAAAAAAAGCCGUGGGGAUACUAAACGAGGAGAUCAAGGGCCCGCCCUCCACAGCACAGCACUUGGAGCAUACUCUCCGCGAGUUGCGGACGCUGUUGGGGAAUCCACAUGAGAUGACUGAGUAUCGCUUUAAACAAGCAACGCAGCUCGCAACGCCUCCACCGGAGAGCCCCGCCGGCCGGCCCAAUGGUUCUGCGCCCACAAAGACCCCUGCUCUCAGCCCGUUUGCAAGCAUGCUCUUAAGACAAACGGACGUUCACUACCUGCCCGCGGGUGCUCACUCACUCCAGCAGCUAAAAGCAAAGCAGGAAAUCCAGCAGCAAACGGCCUCGCAAACCCCAGUUCGCACGCCGUCUCGGCCAGCGGCCCCCGUCCUCAACCACGCUGCGCUUGCUCAAAAUGGGACCUCACCAUACAAGCCUAGCCCGCCUUCGUCCGCCGUCAGCAGCACACCGUCUCGUUCCGGUCCAGCUGUUGUUAUCAAGCCUUUAGGGCCAACCGCCCGAAGGGAGGAAUACCAGCGGUACGACCACAUUUCCGUGGACGCCCAUCCAUCCCAGCGAAAACGUGAGGAGCGUUCACAAGAAGACGUGCUGUCAGCCAUGCGACCACAAGAACGCGAAAUUGGCGAGCAAAGGAUCGGCGAGCUGAACAAACUUGUGCAGAGGCUUCUCAAGGAGAAAGAGGAUCCAGACGAGUCAGAGUACUUUUCCAAAGCUUCUAGUUUAGACUCUGAAGUCACAGUGAUGAUGAGCGGCACAAUGGAUCGCCUCUACGAUAAAGUCAUGGCUGUCUGUGGUCAUGGCUGCUUCUCCUCUGUUCCCGUCGAGACUAUUCUACGGAUUCACUCGCUCUGCGAACCCUCCAUCACAGCGACAGAUCAAUUUGGGGACCUCGAUUCCCUCGACUUCUGGGCCGACGACUUCGCAAAGGCAUCAUCUGGAAUGAAGGCAUCGAAGCUGGUGCUGACUGCUAUGCUCCAAGGUCGCGACGAUCGGCGAAUCAGCCCGGAAGAUCUUAUAGUCGCAGUCAUCCAAGCCCUCAAACAUGUUCUGCACUCUUGCAUAUUUCCGGUCCUGAGUUCUCGGCGAAACGGCGAUUCAUCUGAGACAUUCAAAUCUGCAUCCAACCACAAGGAUCAGAUGCUCUCUCUUCUUCGACUAUGCGGCAGUCUCCUGAGUCUCCUAGGAAUGUUGAUCGGCAAAGUCACUUUGACCGACACGGCCUUGACCCCUAUUGAAUUCCUGGCCUUGGCCCUGGUGAUUCAACCAAACAGCGACUCCGAAAAGGACUCCGUCUUUGGCAUCCAGAAGUUUGAGUCCUUGCGCCAAGCCGCCAUGGAGGCCCUCACGCAGAUAUUUGCGUCCCAUCCGGAUCAUCAGCUCUACAUCAUGACGGAGAUUCUGAAUAAUCUAGAGAAGCUUCCCGACAAAGGCGCAAAUGCCAGGCAGUACAAGUCCGCACGCGACCCGCCCAUCAUGUCAGUAUCCGCCUUGUUCAUGCGCUUUGUCCAGGUAGCUGCGACAAACCAGAAGGAUCAGCAUAGAAAAGCAGCUUCGCAAAUCGAGAAAGACGAGUCCGCGGAAGACGAAGAAGACAGCGAUUAUGAACCCGAUAAUCCGUCAUCGAAGAAAGCCAAGCCGAAAGGAAAUAGCUCCGCAAAAUCGGUCGCUCAACGCUUGAUGCAGAGUGCCAAGGGCAUUGCUGCCCGCAUUGCUUCAACUCUCAUAGACAGAGCUCUGAAUGUAUCCAAGUCUGGUGACAAGCCUUUCCGUAAUCUCUUGGACAUGUUUGUCGAGGACUUCUGCAACGUUCUCGGUUCUCCCGAGUGGCCCGCCGCAGUCAUACUCCUCCAACAGUUGUUGCGACGCGCGAAUAUUGUCCUGCACUCUGGCAACAAUAGGGACAUGGCUCUCACCCUGAUGGCCACAAUGGGGUGUGGUAUCAUCGACUUCAGGCAGCGCAUAAAACAUCUCAAGCGAGACCUCGAUAUCUCUCAAUCCGAAUUAUCGGCCAAGUUAGACCAGCUGGCGAACGAGGCCCUCAACAGCAGUGUCCAUCCCAAGGACUUGCUUGGCUUUAAAGGGCCAUAUCGGAUGGUCAUAGAGUCUCUUCCCGAUUACUUGAGUGUGCAAGCCAAUCAGGACGACCCCCACCUGCUCUCUGUGCAAGGCUGCUAUGUCACAUGCUGGAUAGAUUCUGUUACCGAGACUCUCAAGUCAGCGAACGAACAUCAGUCCCGAAAUCAGGACAUGUUCGACCUUCUGGCGCGGCUGGAGAACAUGAUCAUGGAUUCAAAGUGGCUGUCUCGGGAAUACAAAUUCCAAAAUAUGUCGGAAAUCCAGAGCCGACUCGCUUCCGGCAUCGUAACACUAGAGGACCAAUUCUGUCGGUACCUUCAGUCAAUCGUUACGAUCAUGGUUAGCUUCACGCGGGAAAGCGCAGCGACCCUCAAGUCGAGAGCCAUCAAGAGCAUCGAAUCUUUUCUCAACAAGGAUCCACAAAUCAUUUCAGGACAGGCUGUCGCGAACAUAACACAUCUAUUCAAUGACCACUCUCCACUCGUUCGGGCGGACGCGAUCUCUCUCAUUUCGAAAUGUCUCGAAGGCAACCCGGCGUUGGAGCGACAAUGUCUCCAAGGCAUUCUUCGCCUGACCACUGACCCAUCGAACGGGCCGAAGAAGAAGGCAAUCAAUCUGCUGAAGAAGAUGUAUUUGGGUUCCACAUCCAAGGAGCACAGACGCUCCAUCGCAGCAGCCUUGCUUCCACCAUUGCAAGACCAUGAGAAACCGAUCGCAGAGCUAGCCCGCCAGGCUCUCGAAGAGAUUUGGCUCCAACCGUUAGAUCCAAACACGAGAGUCGAUGAAAGCCAGCUCAGGCUGCGCCGCGCCGAGAGAGCAUCGCUGCUAGUAGAAAUCGUUCGGCAAAUACAGGUGAACGGAGCCUCGCUCGAGCCAUUCGAGAAAUUCUUUGCAAUUGCGCUGGCAGGCAAAUCUACGAAUCAGCCCGCUCAUUUCAAGAUUUGUAAAGAGAUGGUUGCGGAUAUGAUCGAAGGUGUAAUCAGUCCCGAAUCCAUGUCAUCUGGCAGUCCGCAAGGCGACGUGCUGCAGGCGCUCAGCAUUUUUGCGAAGAUCGAUCCGAAGCUUUUCACCUUGGAUCAAGUGCAGCUUCUCAAGCUUUAUGUCAAGGACCUUGGGGGUAGGGAAGAUCUCGCCACUCUCCGGCCAACAGUGACCAUCUUCCGCUUCGUCUUUCCACAUCUCUCGGGCCUUCAGACGGAGUUUGCGCAGGAAGUGCAGACAUCGCUCACCAAGGUGAUCUCUAAAAUAGCUUCGUGGGCAUCCUCAGGGUUGUCUACUUGCAAAGAGACGCUUUUGGAUGUUGUGCAUUGCUUAUGGAUUAUCAGCCCCUUGACUAAGGACGGUAUCAACAGACUGAUGCUCCUCAUUUCGUCGACAGUCACGCAAUUGCACCCCCUAGCCUCGUUGACAAAGGAAGCGGCUUUACAAGCGAAGACUAGAAUUACUUCUUACCUGAUCCUCCUUGGCACGUUCGGGAAGGUCUGCAACCUGGACAACCACCUCCCUGCACUGCAACGCUAUAUUUCCACGAAAGCCCAAGACAUAGUGAACAGAAAGGUUGCCACGCAAGAACAGAUGAAGAGUCUUCUUGGGUGGAGUGGAACUUCAAGCUCCGUCCUGCUCCUGGAGACCGUACGCCCGUUUACUAAGCAGAACUGGGACUUGAGCAUUCGCGAGCACGCUUUGUGCAGCGUAGGUGAGAUCUGUCAAGGAUCGCCUUCUCUGUUCAUGCGUCCAGACGUUGAGGCAACUUUCAGGGUUGUCUUCAAGAACGACAACGCUCAGCUGCAACGAGUCGCUCUCGCCCAAUUCAACGAUUUCUUCGUGAAAGCGGAACGGCCGUCAGACGGUGACACAGAGGACCAGCCUACCGAAAGCAACCCAGGUGGCGCUGGACGGCUAGGUAUCACCUUUGUUGCCGGCGAUGGCCAGGUGACGACGAAUUACCUCGCACGGAGAUUCCUUCCCGACAUCGUGGAUAUCGCCUUGAAGAACGAUAACGAGCUCGCAGUCAGGGCGACCAACAUAAUCACCAGCAUCAGUCGGCAGGGCUUAGUACAUCCCAAAGAAUGCGGUCCCGCACUCAUUGCUCUGGGAACAUCGCCUAACGCGCAGAUCGCACAAAGCGCUUCCACUGAGCACAAAAAGAUACACGAUGCUCACGAGUCCAUGUUCGAGAAGGAGUACAUGUCAGCGGUCAGGAUGGCUUUUACUUACCAGCAAGAAGUCUGCAAGGAUACUCACGGCAUGGUCGCUCAAACAUACAAGCCCAAAAUGCUCCAGGUUUUCAACGUUCUCAAAGGUGGUGGCAGGAAAACACUGAAGAAAUUCAUCGACAAUCUCUGCAAACAGAUGGAUUUCGAGCUAUCCAACCUUGACAACGCCGACACCGGCUCGGACACAGUCCUUUUUACUCGUUUCUGCCUGGAGAACUUGGCCUUGUUCGAUGUCCCGAAGCUGGAAGAUGUGGCCAUUAUGGUGAACGCGCUUGAGAACAUCGUUUUAAAGCACACUGGUCCCUCAGUCGGCGUCGCCAUCGAAACCGAAAUGCCAAAGCAAUCCCCCGUGCCUGAGCCUCAGCUUCAACAACUGCAGGAUGGUACUAAUGAAAGUAUUUUGGUCGUACCGACUGUGCACGAUUCCAGAGAGCCAAUCUCUGACGCGCGACUGCUCCAGAUCACGCGGGCUUGCAUGAUCCUCCUCAUGAUGUGGGAAGCCCGGUGCUUCGUUCGCCGCGCAUACAACUUGCACAAUCUCACCGGCCGAAUCCCGCACAAAGACUAUCAAAAGCCAGCUUCCAGGAACAACCUCGUCUCUGGAAAGGAGCUAUGGGAGCGGCUCGAACCAAUUCUCAACUCGACCGAGAGCCGCGAUGCCAUGACGGGGCGCUGCUACGAGUUCGCGGAGCUGCUGGAGGUGGACAAGGACGCGAAAAUUGGAGACGAGGACCUGAACGGCGAUGAUCCCGCCGGCUAUGCUACCCCGGCUGAAGGUGGCGAUGAUGAAGGUCCGGCCAUGCCGACGAGCGGGCGGGGACGCAAGAGAAAGUCAAGCGCAUCAGUUGGCAACACACCGAAGAAACAGCGAGCCCGUCCUAAGAACAAGAAGAGGAACUCUAGGACGCCCGACCUUGAUGGAUGGGAUUGAGGACGAGAAAAAUAAAGAGUUACGGGCUGUUAAACAGCGUCACGCUCUGACGGGCAGUCAUGGGGAAGUCCAAAUCUUCAGCCGACAUACAUUUCGGAGCAUAGCAUCUUUGCAUCGCGUUGGCGUCUGUCGAUAUAGAACAUAUGUUCUAUCUUAACACCAUGUUCACGGCGUUUAUGGGCUAGCGAUUAUGGGAGAUACCCCUUAUCAUGGAGAGCCACGGGGCAUUUUUGGCGUUCAAUUUGGGGGUUCGAGCAUGCUUAUCGGUAGCAUGAUGGGCGCAUCAGAGUCGGUAUCGUGAGCAACCAGCUUCACGAUCUUCGGCAAGCAUUCAUGGCUUGCCGCGCUUGAAGACCUGUGUAGUACAUAGCCAUGAAGACCCAUAUCUAUGGCAGCAUGACUAAGAACACCUUCAU